AUUGGGAGAAAUAAUGACCUAGACCUUGAAGGUAACACAGAAUUGAGAAUAUUUACUCUGGCUAUGAUAGAUCAAUAAUGCCCUCUACUGGCCAGACCUGAUAUCUGACAUCUGAGUUCACCACAGAACCAGGAAGUCACAGAAAACAAACCACUCCUCUGAAAAGAAACUGUUCAAGGAAAACAAAAGUAAUCUCUAGUUCUUGUUCUCUCUUUGUAUGUGUGUGAAAAAUGACAGAGGCCGUAACCUCAAUUAGUUGUUCGAUCUGUUUAGAUUUACUGAAGGAUCCAGUAACUAUUCCCUGUGGACACAGUUACUGUAUGGGCUGUAUUAAGGGCUGUUUGCAUCAGGAAGAUGACAGGGGUAUCUACAGCUGCCCCCAGUGCAGACAGACCUUCAUACCAAGACCUGUUCUAAACAGGAACACCAUGUUUUCUGAAUUGGUGGAGAAUCUGAAGAAGACAAGACACCAAGCUGCUCCUCCUGAUCAUUAUUAUGCUGGACCUGGAGAUGUGGAGUGUGAUUUCUGCACUGGGAGAAAACUCAAAGCUGUCAAGUCCUGUCUGGUGUGUCUGGCCUCUUACUGUGAGACUCACCUCCAGCCUCACUGUGAUUUUCCUGUCUUUAAAAAGCACAAGUUGGUCCAAGCCUCCAAACAACUACAGGAGAAGAUCUGUUCUCAUCAUGACAAAAUACUGGAGGUUUACUGUCGUACUGAUCAGCAGUGUAUUUGUCUGCUCUGUACAAUGGAUGAACAUAAAGGACAUGAUACAGUCUCAGCUGCAGCAGAAAGGACUGAGAAACAAAGACAGUUUGGGGAGAAAUAUUUGGAAUCCCAGAAGAGUAUUGGGGGGAGAGAGAAGAAGAUUCAGGAGUUGAGACAGGCUGUGGACACUCUGAAGCACUCUGCACAGGCAGCAGUUGAGGACAGUGAGAGGAUCUUUACUGAGCUGAUCUGCUACAUUGAGAAAAGACGCUCUGAGUUGAAGGAGCUGAUCAGAGCUCAGGAGAAGACUGAAGUGAGUCGGGCUGAAAGACUCUUGAAAAAACUGGAGCAGGAGGUUGCUGAGCUGAGGAGGAGAGAUGUUGAGUUGAAGCAGCUCUCACACACAGAGGAUCACAUCCAUUUCCUCCAGAGUUUCCAGUCUCUCUGUGUCUCUCCUGGAUCUGAGGUCUUACCCAGUAUCACUGUCUAUCCACACAUCUCCUUUGAGCAUGUAAAGAAAUCACUCUCUGAACUGAAAGGUCAAAUACAGGAUAUAUGUAAAAAGGAACUGGACAGGAUAUCUGGGGAAGUGACUAGAGUUCAGAUUGGACCACCUGCUGAGCCCAAGACCAGAGAGGGUUUCUUAACAUAUUCCUGCCAGCUGACAUUGGAUCCCAAUACAGUAUAUCAGAACCUGUGUCUCUCUGAGGAGAACAGAAAGGUGACAUGGAGUGAUGAGGUCCAGUCCUAUCCUGACCAUCCUGACAGAUUUACCUCCUGUAGACAGGUGUUGUGUAGAGAGGGUCUGUCUGGAGUCUGUUACUGGGAGGUAGAGUGGAGUGGGCAGUGGGUUCGUGUAGCCUUCUCAUAUAAAGAGAUCAGCAGGAAAGGAGAUGGUGGUGAGUCUUGGUUUGGUAAUAAUGAUCAGUCCUGGAUGUUAUCCUGUUCUACAUCCAGCGGCGGUUUCUACCACGAUAGUACCAGUACUGAUAUCCCUGUCCCCUGCUCCUCCAGAGUAGGAGUGUAUUUGGACCACAGGGCAGGAACUCUGUCCUUCUACAGUGUCUCUGACACAAUGACUCUCCUCCACAGAGUCCAGACCACAUUUACUCAGCCACUCUAUCCUGGGUUCUAUGUUUAUAGUGGAUCUGUGAAGAUACUGACACCUAUUCAGUGAUCCUUCGAUCAGUCUGCUUCUAUCAAUGUAUAAAGAUUGAUUUAAGAUUACAGAUAUUAUUUAGAACAACAUGAUAUAGUUACAAAUUUGCAUGUACACAUAUUUCAAUCAAACUAAGUGGAACAAAGUGAGCCAGAGGUCUUGGUUCCUUAAUGAAUAUGAACACAUAACAAGCCAUGCACAACAUUAGUGAAGGGAGUUGAUUGACAGCUGAAAUGAAACAAUCAUCAUGGGGUUUAGUUCAGUCAAUGUCUAAACCCUACUGAAUUAUUUAACAGAGGUGUUUCUUCUUAAACUAUGGGUAUUUUGAGUUGGUUGUUUAUCUGUCAACAGAAAUAUAUUCAUAAAUAUUUACCAAGUGUAUUUGAAGCAUUAUUAAAUGUUGUACAAAACAGAAUUUAUUUUUAUUAUGAAAUGUUUUGAAAAUAAUGUAAUUAUUGACUGUGUAGAAUGUUUCUGUGUGAGGUGAUUUCAGGUAAACAGAGUAACAUCUUAUCCACCUAGUCAAUCAAUCAUUCAAUCAAAUGUAUUUAUAAAGCCCUUUAUACAACAGCAGUUGUCACAAGAGGCAAACAACAGUUGUGUUGAAUUUCAGUGGCUAGGAAAAACACCCUAAGAAGACCUAAAUUUAGGAAGAACCCUAGAGAGGACACAGGCUCAGAGGGGUGACCAGUCCUCUUCUGACUGUGCCGGGUGAAAUAUUAAGAGUCCAAUUG